AUGCCGGCUGCCUGCUGGUGGCGGGCCAGUCUGGCUCGAGGUGGGGCUAUGCCCUUUUGCCGCUGCAGGCGAUUUUGGCAAGGGCUUCUUUGCAGAGCUUUGGGCUUUUGGGGUUUAACCCUUCCGAUUAAAACCCCAGACUCUCGACUCCAAAACCUUCCACAAACCCCAAACCCUGCGCAUUCACGCGCUUGCACCUGGACAUCAGCCAUGAGCGGCACUUGGGGAUCCAGUUUGUCUAACAAGGGUAUUUGCGCACUCAUUAUUCUGGCCGCUAUACUAGAGUAUGCUGUAGUAGCGUUGAGAGGCUUGAUCCCGAUCCCCUGCCUGAAGGGCUGUCAGAAGUGGGCUCGAGUCGAAGGUCUUGAUCGAUUGCUCUGGGGCUCGAGCACGAACCCUGAGCGAAAAGACACUCAAUCAACGAUUCCCGCCCCCCAACUGGGAACCCCUUUUUGUCUGGGACAAAGGACGUCCUGUCUGUCACAAAGCGCCUAUAAGAAUUCCACUUAG